CUAGUGUUCCUCCAUGUAAUUCAUUCCUGUAUCAAUAUUAAUACAUUCCUAUUAGAGAGAAAAAAAAAUCAAUUAAUUAAUUAAAAUUUAUUUAACUUAUUAAGCUACAAAGUGCAAUAGAAUGGAGGAUCUAAGUUGGUCUGAGGCCCGAGACCUUUUCAGGACUUGGAGGGAAACGAACGCCAGGAAAAGCAACGAGGUGCUCUACCAUUGGCAUCUCUCCCUGAACAUUAACUUGAAUAAGCUCGGCAAUGAAAAAUUUCUGAUCGUCGAGCAAGUGUGCAUAGCGGCUUUCGAUUGUUAUCAGCUGGACGUGGCCAACGAGUGCAUAAAGUUGCUGUCCAGUGAGUUCCCUCAGAGCCUUCGCGUGAAGAAGUACAAAGCAAUGAGAUACGAGGCGCAGGAGGAUUAUGUGAAAGCUUUGGAGAUCCUCGAUUCCAUAAUCAAAGCUGACAAGUCGAACAGUGCACCUAAGAAACGCAAGAUUGCUAUACUGAAAGCGCAGGGAAGAUAUGUGGAGGCAAUCAGGGAAUUGACUGACUAUUUGAAAACGUUUAUGGCAGAUGCUGAAGCUUGGCAGGAGCUGAGUGAACUUUACAUCGGUGAGCAGGAUUUUGCUAAGGCUGCUUUCUGUGUGGAAGAACUCAUUCUGCACAAUCCGCACAAUCACUUGCUGCACCAAAGAUACGCGGACAUCAAAUACACGCAGGGCGGUUUUGAUAACAUGGAGCUUGCCAGGAGUUACUACUGUCAGGCACUCAAAUUGAAUCCCACAAAUAUCAGGGCUCUGUAUGGACUGUAUUUGACUUGCACGAGUAUUGCGACGUCCCAGAAGGCGUCCGCGCAAAAGAAGAAGGACGCGAUUAAGAUGUCCGAGUGGGCUCUGACCAAAUUGAAGGGAAGCUACAAGGAGAAGGGCUUUGAGACCGAUCUAGAGUCGAGGAUGUCCGCGAUGGCCAUCAAUUAAGGAAUAAUAGGGAACUAGGUGUCAAUUUCUUUAUUAACUUAUAAAUAAAUUGUGUUGAAAAUAACAAUAAACCAUAUGUUUUAAGUGGAUUAUUUGAAGAAACACGGGUAAAGAGUAGUCAGGGAAAAGAGAGCCAGG